UGACAUUUCAUUUGUCAAGAUAGUGCCAAAUUUGAGAGGAGUGCGCGGCAAAUCGUAUUUUUGUUGAAUGUUAUAGAAAAUUAUCACUUGCUCAACUAUUAAUUUAAAAAGUACCUUAAUAUUUAAGAAUAAGCACUGAUCAUGUUAUUUAAACCUCAAGCUAGUACUUCAGAUAAACCAAAACAGUUUAAUUCACAUGAAUUGGAAAGACAAACUGUGGAAUACACGGACUCAUCAAAACGGUUUUAUCAAGUAGCAAGAGAUUUUUCUAAGCAAUAUGCUCACAUUUAUUCAGCCCGGCUGAUCACGUUUCGAAAUAUUUUAACACCAAUAGUAAAGAAGAAGUGGUCCAAUAAUCACAAGAUUUUAAAAUUAUGUGAACUUCGUGACAAAGGCACCACUUGUGUUAUAAUAGGAACACUGUUUAAAUUUCAAGAAUUAAAACCUAGUAUCCUGAAGGAGCUAUCCGAUCAAUUAGAAAUAAUACCGCAACCCACAAGGACACACUUUGUACACGAUUCAGACAGUUUAGUCUUAGAAGAUGAACUCCAACGAAUAAAACUAGCUGGAGACUGUAUUGAUGUUCAUCAAGUGGUAACUGGUGUGGUCUGUGCUUUGCUCGGUUCUGAAGAUGAAGAUGGCAUUUUUACUGUUAAGGAUGUAUGUUGGGCUGGUUGUGGCAUACAAAAACCCUUACCAAGUAUUAGUGGAGACAGGUAUAUUGUCCUUAUAUCUGGGUUAAACACAUCACAAAAAGCAGAUCACAUGUUUUCAAUGCAUUUGCUUGUGGAAUGGUUGUCUGGACUUGCUGGAACAAAUCAAUAUCAAGAAGAAGUUUCAAAAAUCGCCCGAGUUAUAGUAGCUGGUGGAGUAUUUGCAAGUCACUCUAAUGAGCAUGCAGUCAAUGAGGCAGACUUCUUUGCUUCAGUGGAGUUGAUGGAUUCCUUUGCUGCUGCUGUCAGCGCUGUGGCACCUCUGGACCUGAUGCCUAGCAGUCAAGACCCCAGCGGGAUUAUGUUGCCUCAGAAACCUUUCCAUUAUUGUUUAUUCCCUAAAGCUAUAGAAUAUAAGUCAUUUAACCGUGUCUCCAAUCCUUAUGAAUGUGAUAUAGGAGGUUUUCUAUGCUUAGGGACAUCUGGAGAACCUAUAAAAGAUAUUAUGAGGUAUAGCAAGAUAGAUAACAGUCUGGAUGUAAUGAAGAAAACACUUAAAUGGCGAAACAUUGCGCCAACUUGUCCUGACACUAUACCAUGCACUCCUUGCAUAGAUACUGAUCCUUUCAUAAUGUACAAUUGUCCUGCGAUAUACUUUAGCGGAAAUUGUACCGAAUUUGCUACUGAGAUUUAUGAAGGUGAUGGUGGUCAACGUACGCGCUUAGUCUGUAUUCCCGACUUCUGUGACACGCAGACUGUUGCCUUGAUUAAUCUAUCCAAUUUUGAAUGUUACAGCAUGAAGUUUUCAUUGAAUUAGCGUACUACAAUAAUAAACAUCAUCAGAAAUUA